AUGGUUGAGACAAGGCGUAGCUCUUCGGCUUCUAAACGGUUGUGUUCUUCUUCUCCUGAAACUUCAUCCUCACGGCCUAGCAAACGAUCCAAGGCGGCGGAAGAACCGGCAGGGUCUUCGUCGGCGAGCGAAGUGCCGGUUGAGAAUCAGAAUCAGAAUCCGGUGUCGGAUCCUGGAUCGGAAUCUGGAGAGCCGGAACUUAGAAGUUGUGAUCCACAGAGUAAUGGUGCGGAAAGGCCAGUUGCUACAACCGAUGUGCCGAUGGAGAAUUGUCCUGAGACCGACACAAAUCCAGAAGUUGAAGGCUUGGUAACACCUACUCCCGCAGAAGAAGUUGUGGUGAAAGCUGCCAAGGCGAAGAAGAAGGCUGAGAAGGCUCCUUGGGCGAAACUUCUUUCACAGCAUCCACAGAACCCUCAUGUUGUUAUGAGAGGCUCUGUGUUUACUGUUGGACGGCGAGGAUGCGAUUUAUGUAUUAGGAAUCAAACUAUGCCCAGCGUUCUGUGUGAAGUGAGGCAGUCCGAGCACGGAGGUACAUCAGUUGCAUCGCUGGAGAUAAUAGGAAGUGGAGUUACUGUUCAGGUCAAUGGAAAGAAUUACCCAAGGAGUACUUGUGUUCAUCUCCGAGGUGGCGAUGAGGUUGUCUUCAGCACCCCUGGGAAACAUUCUUACAUAUUUCAACCUCUGAAAGAUGGAAAUCUAACUGCUCCAGACAGAGCUUCUUCCUUGAGCAUUUUUGAAGCGCAAAGUGCCCCUCUGAAAGGGCUUCAUGUUGAGACAAGAGCAGGGGGCUCUUCAUCUCUUACUCGGACCUCUUUAUUGGCAUCUUUAAAAAAGUUACGCAAUGUGCCUUUUCUACCACCUACUGCUAAAAAUGCCAAUAGGCAGCAAAACUCAGAGGUCCCUGUGCUACCUUCUAGUUGCAAUGAUUGUCUUCCGGAUGUGGACAUGAACGACGCUGAUAGUAAUAAUGAUCAUGCUGCUAUUGCUUCAACGGAGAAAACUGUUGCUUCCACCUCUUGUGCUGCCAACGAUGACCAGAAUGCCGAUGUAAAUGGAAUGGAUCCUUUUCAAGAAGCUGAUGGUGGAAAUAUUCCUGGUUCUGGCUAUGAAAUGAGACCAGUUUUUCGUGUACUUGGGGAUCCUUGUGAACUUGAUCUAAAGGGUAGUAUUUCCAAAAUACUGGUGGAUGAUCCAAGGGAAAAGAAGCAAAUGCUUAAAGAAUCAUCAGCUUUGGUAUCAACUAGACGUCAAGCUCAUAAGGAUAGUCUGCAAGGAGGAGUACUCAGCCCUCAGGACAUAGAAGUUACCUUUGAGAACUUCCCAUACUUCUUAAGUGGCGCAACUAAGGAUGUGUUGAUUACAUCAACAUAUGUCCAUAUGAAGUGUGAAAGCAAGUACAUGAAGUAUGCAUCGGAUUUGUCAACAAUGUGUCCUCGUAUCUUACUCUCUGGACCAGCUGGCUCUGAGAUAUAUCAAGAAAUGUUAGCAAAAGCGCUUGCAAAAGAUUUUGGGGCCAAAUUGAUGAUUGUUGACUCUCUCUUGUUACCUGGGGGAUCGACAGCGAAGGAAGCGGAUCCUACAAAAGAAAGUUCUAGGCGUGAAAGACUGUCUGUACUUGCUAAACGCGUACAGGCUGCCCAAGCUGCUGUUUUGCAUCACAAGAAACCAACUUCAAGUGUUGAAGCUGAUAUAACAGGUGGAUCAACAUUGAGUUCUCAGGCUGUUCGGCAAGAAUUAUCAACUGCAACAUCUAAAAGUUACACCUUCAAAGCAGGGGAUCGAGUAAAGUUUGUAGGUCCUUCAGCUACUUCACUUGGUUCUUUCCAAGCCCAAUUUAGGGGACCGUUAGUAAGUUACCAGGGAAAAGUACUCCUUGCGUUUGAAGACAAUGGAUCUUCAAAAAUCGGUGUUAGAUUCGAUAGGCCGAUAGUAGAUGGCAAUGAUCUUGGUGGUCUAUGUGAAAAAGACCGUGGCUUUUUCUGUACUGCGAGUUCGCUUCGGUUAGAUAGUUCUUCCAGCGACGAUGCUGAUAAACUUGCCAUUAAUGAAAUCUUUGAGGUGGCUUUUAAUGAAAGUGAAAGAGGAUCAUUGAUACUGUUCCUUAAAGACAUUGAAAAAUCUGUUGGGGGAAGCACUGAUGUGUAUGUAAAUUUGAAGAGCAAGCUUGAGAAUUUGCCGGAGAAUAUUGUUGUCAUAGCCUCACAAACCCAGUUGGACAGCCGAAAGGAGAAAUCCCACCCUGGAGGUUUCUUAUUCACAAAGUUCGGCAGUAGCCAGACUGCAUUGCUAGAUCUUGCAUUUCCGGAGAACUUUGGUGGUAGACUGCAGGAUAGGAACAAAGAAAUGCCUAAAUCGGUGAAACAAGUCACUAGACUAUUUCCUAACAAAGUGACCAUACAAUUACCUGAGGAUGAAGCCUUGCUAUUGGACUGGAAGGAGAAACUUGAACGUGAUACAGAGAUCCUGAAGGCUCAAGCUAAUAUUACUACCAUCCGUGCGGUCCUUAACAAAAACCGUUUAGACUGUCCUGACCUUGAAACCUUGUGCAUCAAAGAUCAAACCCUUCCGUCUGAUAGUGUGGAGAAAGUGAUUGGCUGGGCUUUGUGUCACCACCUUAUGAAUUGCUCAGAACCGACGAUCAAAGACAACAAGCUUAUCAUCUCGGCAGAAAGCCUCACAUAUGGCUUGCAGGUGUUGCAUGGGAUUCAAAACGAGAACAAGAGCACAAAGAAAUCUCUUAAAGAUGUCGUAACUGAUAAUGAAUUCGAGAAAAAACUCCUAUCAGAUGUCAUUCCUCCAAGCGAUAUCGGUGUUUCAUUCAACGAUAUUGGAGCUUUGGAAAAUGUGAAAGACACUUUGAAGGAGUUGGUGAUGCUUCCUCUUCAAAGACCUGAAUUGUUUGGCAAAGGCCAGCUUACAAAGCCUACAAAGGGUAUAUUGUUGUUUGGACCGCCUGGUACGGGGAAGACAAUGCUCGCAAAGGCGGUAGCUACCGAGGCUGGUGCAAACUUUAUCAAUAUUUCAAUGUCUAGCAUUACUUCAAAGUGGUUUGGCGAGGGAGAGAAAUAUGUAAAAGCUGUUUUCUCUUUAGCAAGUAAGAUAGCCCCAAGCGUCAUUUUUGUUGAUGAGGUUGAUAGCAUGUUGGGAAGACGGGAGAAUCCAGGAGAACAUGAGGCAAUGCGUAAGAUGAAGAACGAAUUCAUGAUAAACUGGGACGGCUUACGCACAAAGGAUAAAGAAAGAGUCUUAGUACUGGGUGCUACCAAUAGACCGUUUGACCUUGACGAAGCAGUAAUCAGACGACUUCCCCGAAGGUUGAUGGUUAAUCUGCCGGAUGCAGCAAACAGAGCAAAGAUCUUGAGCGUAAUUUUGGCAAAAGAAGAGAUGGCACAAGACGUAGAUUUAGAAGCUUUAGCAAAUAUGACAGAUGGCUACUCCGGAAGUGACUUAAAGAAUCUUUGUGUGACCGCGGCACAUCUUCCUAUCCGAGAGAUACUGGAAAAAGAAAAGAAGGAGAAAAGUGUGGCUGAAGCUGAAAAGAGACCAGUGCCACAAUUAUAUAGCAGCACAGACAUUAGACCCUUGAACAUGAGUGAUUUCAAGGCCGCACAUGAACAGGUAUGUGCGAGUGUGUCGUCUGAUUCAUCGAACAUGAAUGAGCUUCAGCAAUGGAACGAGCUUUAUGGAGAAGGAGGCUCGAGGAAGAAGACAUCCCUAAGCUAUUUCAUGUAA